UGCCGCCCCAGCUGUGGUUGGGAACCACAGCUGUAGGUGACCGUGCUGGGGUGGGGGAGGGUGUUGUGAAUCUGAACCCUGAUGAUGUCUGUCAUUGCUCCUACAGCACUAAUGGCCAAACUGACGACCUGUAAUGGCCUGUCUGACAGGUGAGAUUGUGUCUGUUUCUCCAUCUAUUGCUAACUGUGUGCUCUUUACAGUGAAAUUGGAAAGAUUGUAGGAGAGACUUAUGGAAAAUAAUAGGCAUACCAUGUUUGAGGUCAUGUUUACUGAUCCAGCCUGUGUCCUCUAGCUAGAAGCAUUCAUCACCUUGGGUCAGAAGAGACCACUGCUCUGGUGGAUAAGCAGGCCUUGGACAAGGACCAAGUCACCAAACGUCUUUAGUUAAUAGGUAGUACUGUGAGUGUUCAUUCAGUUUUCCACUAUUUGCUGGUGAACUGGUAACUUGCUAACUGAAUUAUGGGUUUGGUUGUUUUCAUGCUCAGCAUUUGUUUCCAAAAGACAAAGGAACUAAUGACAUGGAGUCAAGCAGAGGAGAUAUUAAGUAUAAGAUAUUUUGUUAAAGAAUAUUACAUGAGUGCCUCCCGAGUGGUGCAGCGGUCUAAGGCACUAAGGGUUCAAUCCGCGACCGAGAGUCCCAUGAGGCGGCCUUUCAGGUAAAAUUAUAACAUGAUUUGUGUGAUGUCUGUAACUCAACAUGAAUAUAUUCUCUGAACUGCCUAAGUGUUCUAUUGUCAUGAACCUUCAGGUAACAUUUGAUAUAGAUGUCUUGUCUAUACAUCCCAGUCACAUGGCAAGGAUGUCCUCUGGUUUUAGACUUACAGUAUUAUAUUACAGUACAUAAGACACAGGGGUUGGAGGUCGUUCUAAUACCACACUGGUUCAUUAGGCUGUUGUUGCUUGUGGAUGUGUAAAGUGAACCAUCAACAUUUGAAUGAUAUGACACAACUUCUAACCAAGUCAUUUCAAACCUUUUCUACGUUUCCAUUGCCAACUGAACAGAAUACAUGUUCCUUGCUGUUAAACAGUGUCCAUCUAGCUCCCCAUCUUUAUAAAUGACAACUUUGAAGAAUAAAAGGCCCCAAAAAAUACACAUAAUGUUUAUUCUGUGCGUCAUAGUGUACGUACCGUACCAUAGCUCCUCCUCUGCUUAUAUAAACAACCAGGAAAUGCCUUUACUUUCUUUUCAAUUUCACUAGGCCUGGAGGUAGAUGUGUCAUCUCAGAACUGAACAUGUUUUUGUUUGAAGUGGUUUUUUUGGUUGCUGUUUUGGAAGUCUAUCCAACCUACGCUGUCGAGAAUCAAGCAUGUACUUCGGUGGAAAUUGAUUGUGGAAAAUUGAAGACCAGUGAUGGUAGAUACGUGUAUCUAUACAACAUUUCAGGUGUAUCUGACAUUGCAGUGUACAACAAUGCAGGGACUGCCAUUGCCAACAGUGGAGGGGACAAGCCAAUGGAAUUUGAUAAGAAUGAGGUGGUAACGAUGAACAACAGUUCAGUCACCCUCUAUAAAUGCCAACAUCUGACAAUGAACAUAAUUUACAUUGAUUCUACACAGCAGAAGACUGGAACUGAGUCUAAUGGUAAAGAUCCCUCAGUUAAGGAGAGAUGUUCCCAUUACAUUGUCACAGAGAUGAGGAAUGAGGUUGUGACAAUUGCAUCUUUGAAUUCAACCAUCAUCCCAGAUGGAGACCAUCCUGAUAGAAACCGUGGUGACACUAGUUUAUCCUGGAAAAUCAUUGUUGGUGUUGUUGCUCUCGUGCUGGUCAUUGCUGGUUUGCGCUUUUUUUUGUGUGUGCAAACCUUGGAGAGACAAACAGUGCAACCAAGGCCACAGAGAUGUGGAAGCGGGUCAGGGCAUUCCAGAACCAAACUCCAUUCCUCUGAUGCAGAAUGAGCAACGUGAUGCCAGAGACAUCAGAAAGCCUGAUGACGGUGAGACUGUUGAAGCUGUGGUUGUUCUCAGUGACCAAGGAGGUGAGCCAGGAGAGGAGAGCAGGCAGCCCAUGGACAAUGAAGAGACAGGCGCUGACAACCCUCUGCUGAAUGGAGAUGCCAGGGUUAACAGCCAGACUGAUGACCCACAGCUUCUUGGUCAACCUCAGAGCAAUGGACACGUGCCAUAUAGAAGGGAAUCACACCUGACCAAUGGGGCUCCAGGUCAGGGUGCUGGUGAGACUUCACCCCUCCUCUGCAGAAUCCCAGGAGAGGAAGGCGUGCUAGAAGGGCAGGACAGGAAGUCAGCAGACAGUGGGGGAACAGACCCUGAAUCCUGUCAGAAGACACAUGCUGAACCCCCUCUAGUGAAUGGACACCAUGAUGUCAGGGUUAACGAUGAGACUAAGGAAGCGACUCCUGGUGCACAGAGUCCAGGACCUCUUCAGAUGAAUGGAGGUCAUCCCAUGUCUAACAGAGCUGCAGAGGAGACCACUGCUCUAUUGGACAAACAGGCCUUGGACAAGGACCAAGUCACCAAACCUCAUGAGUUAAUAGACAAAGGACCUAAUGACAUGGAGUCAAGAAGAGGAGAACUGUAACAAACGGUGGACGUUUGUAUAACAAAAGAAAACCUAACACCAUAUGAUAAGACACAGUAAUACUGUAUAUAAUAUACAUAUUAUAAGAUACACAUUUGUGACUUGCUUUAUCAUAAUCAGUCAUGUCAACCCCAAGGCACAUUCUGAAAAGUGUAUUUUUCUGAUUUUCUAUAAUCCAAACAGUUUAUUAAGUUAAUUCUCUAUGUGACAGCUGUAACCUGGAUAAGUUAGGAAAUGUGUUCUAGUGAUAUCAGUUGAAAUUCCAAAACGGACCAAGACUUUUAGAUAAUAAUAAUUUAGAUAAGUUACCUACACGUUUAAUUACUAUUAUCUGAAAAUGAGUGUGCGACAUAUGACUGAUUAUGAUACAACAAGUCACAUUUUAGCUAUACAACAUUAUAUAUCAAAUUCUAUGAAAGUAUGAUAAGAUCAUACACUAGUAUUGUAUACUAUACAUACAAGCAAUUAUAUAUAUAUAUAACAUACACCUGAAAAGAUGCUUAAAACGUUAACCUCUCUAGUAUAGACAUAUCCAAGGUCAUGAGGUCUCAAUGUCUUGUGGAAAUGUCAAAUAGCUAAACAAUGACUAGACGUUAUUUAGAGUAGGCCUCAUUAUCACAGGGCCCAGUCUAAGAAGCUCUAUUUUACCAAAGCAAUUAUUCAUUAUUUCUGAAUUGAGAGUUAGCAUGUCAGUUAAAAUAACUUGCAUAAUUUGUCCCAUUUAACACAUGAAAUCCUACUUUCAGUAAAGAACGUUGAUGUUCCAUUUUAGACUCUAGAUGAUAUUACAUCAGACUUAUUUAAAUCACUGUAUUCAUAGGAAAUCAUGAUUGGUCAGUUCAAACAGGAAACACUUCAUAUGGAUGUUCUCUUUAUAAUGCAUUAUAGGAGCAUUAAUAACACCUUCUAUGCAUAAUGCAUCAGGAUGCACAACAUAGGUGCUAAUAACUGCUCAUGAACAUCUAUAACUACAUAAAGCAUUAUCACCAGGAUGUGUAAUGCCUUAUGAAGCAAAGUAUUACUAUGCCAGAUGCCACAUUAGGAUCAUUAUAUUAUACAUUAUGUGCUCAUUAAGCUAAAAAGUAGUUAGUAAUUGCAAAGUUGCUAAUUAGCAAAAAUGCUAAAAUAUCCCGUGAUGAUAUUCGAACACGCAACCUUUGGGUUGUUAGACGUUCACGUUAUAAGUCCACCCAUCCGAAACCAAAGCAUGGAUUACUGUCUGAGCUUGUCCAUAGACUGUUUACGGGGUAAAGAAAGCAAAUGAUAUUUUGUAAUUAGGGUGAACUAUCCCUUUAACAGGAGUGCGGAACUCCUACGUGAAGUCGUUACAGUAUAGCCCUCUGACACCUUUUCCUAAAGAGACUUUCAUGAGGUCAUACCACUUAGCUUCAUAAUCAUAAGGCAUUAUGCUGCCUGCUUAAAAUGCUGAAGGAAUAUAGACAUGUAUUAGCCAUUAGUGCCUAUGUCAUGCAUUAUGAUGUAUAUAUUCAUAGAUUAAAAGGUGUUAUAAAUACAUUUGUAACACAGUACGAAGAGGGUAUUCAUAGGAAGUGUUACCUGCAGUUCUUGCGGAAGGAACUGUACCCCACAUCCCCACCUACUAGUGACAUUGUGAAAAAUACCACAACUUUAGACAGGAAUUGUGUAGCUAUGUUGACAUUUAUGUUCACAGUUUCAUUAGAAUAUUUAUUUCAGUGUCUGUCAGGUCAAAUGACUUAGGCGAAUGACAUACCCACAUACAUUGACACCUUAUAACCUUAGUGUCUGAAAAGGUUCAUUUUCUUCAUCUUUUGAUUAUGUUAAUUUGACUUAUUUGUAAUGUAUUUCAUGUCAUGUAUGUGGGUUGGUCCCAUACUGUUAUGAAUGGUUUUCACCUGAUGCUUUUAUGGUUAGUUACCUUACACAUGUAUUUAGUUUUAUUUAUGACUUUUUCAUGACCAAUUUACACUCAGUGUACAAAACAUUAAGAACAUGACAGACUGACCAGGUGAAUCCAGGGCGAAAGCUAUGAUCUCUAAUUGAUGUCCCUUGUUAAAUCCACUUCAAUCAGUGUAGGGGGAAGGAGACAGGUUAAAUCCGUUUUUUUCUAAGCCUUGAGACAUGGAUUGUGUGUGGGUACCAUUCAGAGGGUGAAUGGGCAUGACAAAAGAUUGAACUGCCUUUGAACGGGUAGUAGGUGCCAGGCUCACUGGUUUGAGUGUGUCAAGAACUGCAACGCUGCUGGACUUUUCACUCUCAACAGUUUCCUGUGUGUAUCAAGAAUGGUCCACCACCCAAAGGACAUCCAGCCAACUUGACACAACUCUGGAAAGCUUUGGAGUCGACAUGGCCAGCAUCCCUGUGGAAAGCUUUGGAGUCGACAUGGCCAGCAUCCCUGUGGAAUGCUUUGGAGUCGACAUGGCCAGCAUCCCUGUGGAAAGCUUUGGAGUCGACAUGGCCAGCAUCCCUGUGGAAAGCUUUCGACACCUUGUAGAGUCCAUCCCUUGACCAAUUCAGGCUGUUCUGAGGGCAAAAGCAGAUGUAACUCCAUAUUAGGAAGGUGUUCCUAAUGUUUGUACACUGUGUAUAGUACUAUUCAUUUUGACUGUUGGAUUGAUAUGAUCUGCUCAUACAUUGCCAUACAAGUGAGUGAGUUAAGACUAUUGUUUAAUGAACGACUCAGGUCUGAUGGAUACACUUGUCCCUCAUACUCUUGUAUUAUUUGUAUGAACAAACCUCCACAUCAUUGUCAUAUCUACUUUUUAGGAAGGCUGUUCUGCAGAGUUUUGUGUAUGGUCACAACUUGUUUUAUUUAAUACAUGAACAUUUGAGUAAUUUAGCGGAUGCUCUUAUGCAGAGUGACUUACAGGAGCAAUUCAAGUUUAGUGCUUUGCUCAAAGGUACCUCGACAGACCAAGUCGGCUCGGGGAUUCAAACCAGUGACUUUUCAGUGACUGGUACAACGCUUAUUAAUAUUAUGAUGAGUUGCUUUCCUUUUAUCAUUAAAACAUUCCUUUCUA